AGGGGACCCCCUUUUUAAGCACAAACCGAAUUUUCUUUCAUUUAGCUUAUCUAUAUCUAUCUAUCUAUUUUUAUUUUGAAAUCGUUAAGCAGCCGGCAGGAUUUGGGGGGGACAGGCUUUCGCCCUGGAGCGGUGCGCGAUGCUGUCUCACGCCGACCUCCUGGACGCCCGGCUCGGGAUGAAGGAUGCGGCUGAGCUGCUGGGGCACCGUGAACCAGUGAAAUGUCGCCUUGGAGUGGGUGGGUCGGACCCGGUACAUCCGGGAGAUCUGGCCAGCAACUCUGACCAGGUGGAGGGCACCACGCUGUUGCCGGGUGAGGACAUCACCAGCGUGGGCUCCAACCAGUCCUCCAUGGCCGUCAGCUCCAAAGAUCCGGACAAGCAGCAGCAACAGCAGAACCCCAACCAGUCGGGCCAGCAGCAGAGCCAGAGCCAGAGCCAGAAACAGAAGAGGCACCGAACCCGCUUCACCCCGGCACAGCUCAACGAACUGGAGAGGAGCUUCGCCAAGACCCACUACCCUGACAUCUUCAUGAGAGAAGAGCUGGCACUGAGGAUCGGCCUGACAGAGUCCAGAGUACAGGUCUGGUUCCAGAACAGACGUGCUAAGUGGAAGAAGCGCAAGAAGACCACCAAUGUAUUCCGCUCCCCCGGGACUCUGCUGCCCACCCCAGGAUUGCCACAGUUCCAGUCAGCGGCAGCCGCCGCGGCAGCAGCAAUGGGCGACAGUCUAUGCUCCUUUCACGCCAACGAUACCCGCUGGGCCACGGCCGGAAUGGGAGUCUCCCAGCUUCCCUUACCUCCCUCCCUUGGAAGGCAACAGGCGAUGGCUCAGUCUCUGUCCCAGUGUAGCCUGGCCGGUGGCCCUCCUCCCGGCUCCAUGGGUUUGUCCAACAUGGGCUCCAAUGGCUCGGGGCUGCAGUCACACCUCUACCAAUCCUUCCCCGGCAUGGUGCCCACCUCAUUGCAGGGUCCCAGCAACGUGACGGGUUCCCCGCAGCUCUGCAGCUCUCCGGACAGCAGUGAUGUGUGGAGGGGAACCAGCAUCGCCUCCCUACGCCGCAAAGCACUUGAGCACACAGUCUCCAUGAGCUUUACUUAAUACCCUAUUUGCCCCCCUCUGCCCCAUUAUCUGCCCACCACUGUCUCUCCUCCCAGUCUAUCCUGGACACUCCAGCAGAGGCAAUGCAAUGCCGGUGAUCGCAGCA